AUGCAGACAGCGGUCACCUACACCCUCCUGGCGCAGGACCGAUGGUGCGACAAUUUGGGUGGUGCUGUUCGCAUCGGUGACGACUUCAAUGGCUACAGCCUCGUGGGCUGCCAGGCCCAGUGCAGCAAGGAUCGGCGGUGUGCCUUUUUGUCCUUCAACCAGAAUGACGGUUGGUGCUCCAAGUAUGCUGUGUGUGGGGAGCCCACCACCACGCCCAACGAGUUCCCGCAGGAUCCGCGCGGAUGGCUGACCUUCGCGCGCGACUUUGCAGAGGCAUGCCAGUAUCGCUUAGCAGAAGCCGCAUGGUGCAUGAAUCUGCAAGGAAAUGUAACGUUGCAGGCCGCCACCACGCGGAUCUUCCUCUACUUCAGACACGAUGGCGCACUCUUCAAGACAUGGCGUUCGGCGCGGCGCCCAGAAGUUGGCAAUGUGACGUGA